ACAUACGUAUCCGCGGGCCGCGGCCAUGUCCGGGAAUGGGCCCGAGCACGUGACACGCGUCGGCAAUACGGCCGGAUUAUCCCUGACUGCUUUUUUUUGCGCCGCACAGAUUCUUUCCUUUCGACCUUCAUUUCCCGCUCUGCGUAGAUCGUAGAAGUCCACGUCAAUGCCACGCAAUUGCGCCAAUUGCAGUGAAUUGGCUUUCCAGCGGCGUUAGAUUCAGCAGACCCAAUUGGCCGUGCACUGGCAGACUCGGCUCGUGGUCUCGUCCUUCGCGAAAACGCCGCGAGGACUGCUCCAAUUGCGACGCGGCCCCAAAAACUGAAAAUUUAAAAAAGCAAGCGCCACGAGGUAAUUUCGCCGCAUAGCAGGCAAUCCUUGACCGCCCACCACCAUGACUGCUUCACAGAAGCGCCAGGGCGAGGAGCUGGAAGGCGACAUCGCCUUCAUCGCCACUCCCCCGGCUGUAGCCUCAAAGUUUGCGACGGGCGAGGACUGCGGCGUCGAAACCACCAAUUCCCCUGCCAUCCAUAAUGCUCCCCUACCUGCCGAGGGCCCUGGCAGUGAGUCCUUCAACAACUACGUCUUCGCGGCGCUGCUCUUCGGCGUGCCCGUCUUUCUCGCCCGUAGCCUCGGCGGCGGCUUCAAGACGAGCAUCUUCUUCAUUCUCGUCCUGUUCGUGCCGAUUGUGAUCGCUGUCUGGUUUGUGAGCUCGCGUUUCUCGCCGCGCAUCAACGACAAGGUCAAGCUGCCUAGCCGCCCCGUCGAGCACUACAUCACCUUCAAGAAGGACGAGGACCGCCAGAAAUGGAGAGGCCGCAACAAGAUCCCCAUCAAGACAUUUUACGAAAUGUACUUUGACGGCGAAGUCGAAUUCAACGGUGACUGCCUCGAUAUUCUGGAGUACCGCCAUGACUGGGCCAGCUUUGCCUUCACCUGGCCUCUGUUCCAGUUCAUCUUCUUGACCUUUUUCGUCGACGUGCUCUUUCACUCGCGCAAGCAGGACGAGGAGCAGGUCCGCCCAAAUUACGACCGCGGCAACGACCACUACUCAUUCUUCCUUGGCCCCCGCAUGGUAUACACCAGCGGUGUCAUCUCCGAUACCACCCGCGAGGAGACGCUCGAGGAGAUGCAGGACAACAAGAUGGCCGUCGUUUGCGAGAAGCUUGGCCUCAAGAAGGGGGAGUCGCUUUUGGACAUUGGCUGCGGCUGGGGCACCCUCGCUAGAUUCGCCAGCGUCAACUACGGCGCCCACGUCACGGGCGCGACCCUCGCCCGCAACCAGGCAGCCUGGGGCAACGACGCCCUCCGCCGCGCCGGCAUCCCUGAAAGCCAGAGCAACCUACUUUGCAUGGACUACCGCGACAUCCCGACCAGGAAAUUCAACAAGAUUUCCCAGCUCGAGAUGGGCGAGCAUGUGGGAAUCCGCAGACUCUCGACCUUCUUCCGCCAGUGCUAUGACAUGCUCGAGGACGACGGCGCCAUGUACGUCCAGCUCUCUGGUCUGCGGAAGGCGUGGCAGUACGAGGAUUUUGUCUGGGGCCUUUUCCUGAACAAGUACAUCUUCCCCGGCGCCGACGCCUCGACUCCGCUUGCCAAUUACGUUGGCGCCCUCGAGAGCGCCGGAUGGGAGAUCAAGAGCAUCGACACGGUUGGCGUGCACUACUCGGGCACUCUGUGGCGCUGGUACCGCAACUGGCUCGGCAACGGCGAGACCAUCAAGGCCAAGUACGGCCUGCGCUGGUACCGCAUCUGGGAGCUCUUCCUGGCCUGGUCCACUAUCGCGUCGCGCCAGGGCAGCGCCACCUGCUACCAGAUGCUUGUGGUCAAGAACUUGAACUCCACCCACCGCAUCAACGGCGUCCCGUCCCAGUACGGUCUCCACGGCGCCCUUGCCGCAGCCCGCGCUGCCGGCAAGGCCAUCCUGAAGCAGUAGAGUUGGAUCUAUGGGCGGCGGCUUGACAGGGACGGGAGACCGGAAGAUUAAUGUUUGAACAGCUUUUGGCGAUUAUCAACCCGAGUGUGUGUCAUUCAAUCCGGGGACCCAAUACCUCACACACUCGAUAGAUUAAGAAAGGACUAAUUAGAAAGCGGGGCUUUUUUACCGGGCGUUGAUUCCCUCAGUUUAGCAUGCGAUUGAUUAACUGAAUGGGAACUUUGUUCUAAUAAUUACUUUCUGCAUCCCGAAUCUCUGUGACUUGAUCUUCGCUGGUUCGGUUCUAACUUGAAAUGUGUUGGAACUCCUAGGCGAGGAUAGAGGUGGGCUGCAAACAAGGCGGAGUUGGCAAGCAAGCAAUUUAACUUCACAAAGCGAUCUCGGGUCUGACAGACGUCACGAGCUAGCGUUGCAACAGGAUGCAUCUACAUAUAUGUCUC